AUAGCUUUUAUCAUUGCAAACAUCACUUAAGGGCGAUUUCUAAACCGGAUGCUGUGAAGAUGAACCAGCUCCAGAAUUUGAUACAUGAUGCUCUGAUCUCCACGGAUCAUGUCCAGCAUUGUGCCAUUGUCAGGCGAAAGGACUGUAAUGUUCGAGCUAGCUCUGUCGGCUUCAAUCUAUAUCCAGACCAGGUACAGAUGUUGCUGGAUGCCUUUAAGAACCCACCUCAGACACGAGAGGAAGGUGUUUACUUUGAUGACAGGCAGUACAAAUGUGUGAGAGCAGAUAAAAACUCUAUCUAUGGCAAAUGUGUAAAGAUACUGGUAAAGACCCUGUCCAUGCUUGUGGUGGCGACUUACACAGAAAGCAUGUACCCUAGUGUAUGUGUGGAGGCAGUAGAGAAACUUGCUGAUUAUUUUAAAGAGAAAGGAAAAUAGAUUUGCUGAUAUAUGAUUUGACUGCUGUCCAGUUGAAUGACAAACUGAAGCCAACAGAUUCUUCACACUGCCAAACUGAAUCCGUCCACCUAACUGGGGCUGACCCUAUGCCUGAGUGAUUGCGUUUGCUUAUAAACCUGGGGGGAAACUGCAUGGCAGACUCUUACCAUUAUUUUUGUAUGGUACAUAACAUCAGUGUAUACUGUUUAAAGAUAUUGAUGCCAUUUUACAUGCCUCUUAAUCCAUUGAAUAACAUGGUUAUACAAGAUUUAUUUUUGAAUCAAAGUUUUUGUAAACUAUGGAUCGUAAGUUUUAAAAUCAAACCUAUUUUUACACUUAACA